CAGAACAGACCAGAACGAUCACCAUUCUCGCCCGCCUCCAGCCUCUGCCAGUCGCUCCUCCAUCCGAGGGAACCCUAACCCUAUUCCGGCAACCGUUCGCGCGGGAUCGGCGGCGACGAUGGCGUCGUUCGCGGAGGCGCCCCCGGGGAACGCUGCCUCCGGCGAGAAGAUCUUCAAGACCAAGUGCGCCCAGUGCCACACCGUCGAGAAGGGCGCCGGCCACAAGCAAGGGCCUAACCUGAAUGGUCUGUUUGGGAGGCAAUCUGGCACGACUCCUGGUUACUCUUACUCUACGGCCAACAAGAGCAUGGCUGUGAUUUGGGAGGAGAAGACGUUGUAUGACUACCUGCUUAAUCCUAAGAAGUACAUUCCUGGAACUAAGAUGGUGUUCCCUGGACUGAAGAAGCCUCAGGAACGUGCUGAUCUCAUUGCAUACCUGAAGAGUGCCACAGCUUGAAAGGGCGUGCUGCUGUAGUACCGAUGUUAAUAAAAUAGACGUGGACAUUACUCUGGUUUGACAGAGUGCAUCGACGAGCCAGUUCAAGUGCUCGGUAGUAUUUCUGCCUAUGAUGGUCUCUUUUUUCCAGCAAAAUACACUUGUAUAAUGACCGUUUGUCCGCAUGUUGUGAAUCUGUUGUUGAUCAUCAGUUAUUUGGUCAUUCGACCGAGCAGUA